CAGGCCAGGGAGAAUGAGCAUGAGUCUCUGCAGCACCCCUAUCUCGUGGUGGACAGAUGGAGAGGAGCUGCACUUACCAAGUUCCCCACAGGGCUGCCGAUGACCUAGAGGAAGGUACUGGUAGAGUAAGGACCGAGUCUGCCUUCUCCUCCAGGGAUGUGCAUGGGAGCACAGCUGAGACGGUCGACUUCUCUUCCUUGCCGGUGUUAGACUUGAGUCAAAGUGGCCUCCACCACGUAGGAGAGGUCCUCAAAGUGCCCAACCUGAAACAAUUGCAUCUUCAGAGAAAUCUCCUCUGUGUGCUUCCUAAAGACUUCUUUCAGCUACUGCCGAACCUGACGUGGCUAGAUCUUCGGUUUAAUAGAAUUAAAGCUCUUCCCUCAGGGAUUGGAUUGCACAAGCAUUUGAAAACUUUGCUUUUAGAAAGAAAUCCUAUCAAAAUGUUACCUGUUGAGCUGGGGAACAUAAGUACACUAAAAGCACUGAACUUAAGACACUGCCCUCUGGAAUUCCCUCCUCAAAUUAUUUUGCAGAAAGGAUUGGUGGCUAUCCUGGCCUUCCUGCGGAUCUGUGCAACGGAGAAUGCCUCUACUAGGGAUUUUACUUCUAAAGAGACCUCAACAGUUACAAUGGCAAACGUACACGAGCCUCCAAAUUUACCUGAAGAACGUGUGUCUAACGAAGAAACCCUUAGUUCCGGGGAGCUGAAGGAGACACUGUUGAAAGAAAAGACAGGUUUUUUCCCACCUGUUGAAAAGCUAGACUUGAGUGAACUCAGAAAGUCCAACGACUCCCCAGAAGAUUGGCCGAGUGAGGAAGAAAUACGGCGCUUCUGGAAGCUGAGGCAGGAGAUUGUGGAGAACGAGGAGGCCGAGGUCCUCGCAAACCAACGGUUACAGGUUGAGCUGCCGCCCAACCUCAAGGCCGCACUCAAAACGAAGAGGAAAGAACACCCAAAAUCCAGACACACUUUCAGAAGGAAGACACUCUCCUUCAAGAGCACAUUGCCUGACCUCUCACCGUCGUACGAAACAGCGAUUCGAGCAAAAAGAGCUGAAGAGGGUCGCGUAGCAGCCCUCAGAGAACUGAGGGAGAAGCAGACUCUGAUGGAACAACGGAGAAGAGAUAAACAAAUACUGCAGGAAUGGAGAGAGCAGGCCUGGAAGAUGAAGAAGGAAAAGGAAGAACUCAGUAGACUCCAGCCUCCAAGGAGGAAUCUGGUAGAAUCAAAGAUUCCCUUUGCCACGGAUCUGACCAGUGAUGAGAAAACACCAGUGAAGCCACCAGGAAAAACGAAACAAAACAAGGAGAAGCCAUCACAAGCAAGUAAAGCACUGAGGGCCCGCCUGGGCGGGGAUCUGGAGGAGAAGAUCAAGCUGCACAUUCAGCAAAUCCGUGAGAGAAGGAAGCGCUUUGGAGGCGCAGCACCGCUGGAGGAGCUGCGGGCAGCCAUGCAGGACCUGGAGGUGGCCAGAAAGCUACAGGAUGAAGUAAUGAAACCAAAACUGGGCUUGAACUUGAGCAAAGAUCAUCAGUUCACAAUGUCCACUGGAAACCUUUCACUUCACUCACCCACAUCACAGCCUCAGAAUAUAUUUUUUAACAUGAAAUAUUAAGAAUCUGAAAAUGUUCACAAACACUAAUGAUGAAGUAUCAACUGUAUUGGUGAAAACAUCAAGUGUGAGGCGUUGGUUCAGCCUUUUUUCUUUCUCAGGUGUCAUCUCUUGCGUGAUGGAAGGGGAGCCAGGAAUUGGACGUUGUUAUGAUUUAUUUCACAGACAGCCGAUUGUUUUUUAAUAUAUUUAAUGUUGCUUUUUUUGAGGCUGUGAAGGGUUUAAGCUGCAUUAAAGGAAAGAGAAUACUGUCAACAAGCCAUGUCACUGUCAUUUCUAGCCUGUCCCCUCCACCAGUCUGACAGUCUGUCUGCCCCUGGCCUGGCCAGCCCUGGUCACUGCUUUGGGGUGUCUUGCAGCUAGAAAAGCACCCCCAGACCAGGCCAAGCAGCACAGGGGCAGUGUUCAGUAGACUCCGCAUGGCUGUGGCGUGGCCGAGGGGGCCAGAGGCUUUAGGGGCUUGGUUCAGGUAGUUUUCUGGGGCCAAGCCCAACAUUCAAGAGAAGGCCCUUCUCUGCCCCUGGCCAUGUUGGCUUUGGCCAGGGUCCCUCCUGAGCCCCUCUCUA